UAAUACUAAGCGUUUUAAAUCUGUCUGAGGAAUGUAUCGUCCUUUGCGGAAUGGUAUGACCGAGUCGACGUCAUUUCCCCGCGGCGAUGCGGCAUCCCCUUUACGGGCGGCAUCCUCGUGCAAAUGCCCCGUGCACCUGCCGCCCACCAUCACUACAAAUCUCCGAGAUUUCCAGGAUUUGAAGAAUUCCAACAACCAUCAUUUUGGGCUGAUCAACUUAUGGCAUACUCUGUUCUCUGUGUCUCGAAACUACCCUGGAUCUUGAAUCCAUGUUCAAUGCAGAACUUCUCCACUGACCGAAGCCCACGCAGCCAGGCCGCAAUCUGGAUGCCAUGAGUGUCCAUUCCUUUGACCAUGCGCAGACCGCAGAACUACCAUCAACCUCCAACCAGGUGGAAGACAUCGAAGCCAACCCACGUCCUCAGGAUCCACCGAUCUCGCCAACCACGCGGGCGCCCCCGUCUCCGGACGCGUUUACCACUGCUGCGAGGCUCAACUCGCGGGACACUGCCAGGAUUCGCAGGCGGCGUUCGACCACCGCGCGCUCAUACUAUCGCGAAGAUGGGCCCCAUGACCAGAACUGGCAGCCGGGCGAGGAGCCGGGCAUUGAUCCAAAUCAGCCGCUGCCGGCCUACAAUGCCGAGUGGAUGGCUUCAACCGCCGCCGAUCUGUACAAGCGCUGUGAGAUCUCCGUCGUGGACUUUUCGCAACAUGAGAUGCGCCAAUACAUCCUCGACAACGAUACCCUAGAGCCUUUCCUUGAGCGAGAGAGGGAGCCCUGGGUGCAGUGUCGCUGGAUCAACGUGAACGGGCUGAGCUGGGAUGUGAUUCGAAUUCUCGGAAACCACAAAUGCCUGCAUCGGCUUGCGAUCGAGGAUCUGAUUAACGAGACUAACCGCACAAAGGUCGACUGGUACUCUGAUCAUGCGUACAUCGUUCUCAAGUUGCAGAAGCUGAUCAAGCUCAAAGAUGAAGAGGAGGACAGUGAUUCGGACGAAAGCAGCGAUGGCGGACACGGCCCGUGGACGAACGAUCGCAAGAGCUCCACGGCCAGCACGAUCUCAUUGAAACGGCCCACCAAACGCACGUUGAUUCUGGACGCUUUGAAGGAUAUCUUUAGACCAAAGUCAUCUGAUCGGGGUGGUACAGGGAGGCGUACGUCCAGUGGGCUAGGCAAGGCUGCUUCCAAAGUGUCCGGUCUGAGUGACCCGGAGAAUGAACUUCCGCCUCGCAGCAUCCAGCGGCUUCGUGGUGGCCCGAACGAAGAGCGCAUUGCCUUUAUGGAGCGUCACGCCAUUCUGGCCGCGAAGGGGCUGUGUGUUAUUCUCGAACAGGUGUCAAUCUUCCUUCACUCAGACAAUACCGUGACAUCGUUCUUCGAGAACAGUGCAGACGAUAUCGAAGCCCCAAUUGUGAGGCGACUCAGCUCCCCGGAGACCAUCUUACGUCAGUCGUGCGACGCGAGUAUGAUUGUGCAGGCGAUACUAGACGCUAUCAUUGACCUUGCCAUCCCUGUGACGACCGCCUAUCAGGAUGUCAUGGGUGACCUGGAACUGGAAGUUCUGACCGACCCUGACGUUGACCAGUCUAAGAGUCUCUAUGUCCUCACGUCCGAGAUUGCUAUUCUGCGGAACUUCAUGCAGCCCAUUGCUACGAUAAUCAACGCACUGCGAGACCAUCGUUCGGAACCUAUUCAUACGCCUGGCUUAGGAGCGUUCAAGAACAUUGGUACGAGUAGCCCUGCAGGCGACGGGACGCCAUUUAUCGGAACCGCCACGCCAAACCUGAAAAGCCUAGGUGGUUCUAGCGUAUCGAUUAGUCCUCUAUGCCAUACCUAUCUGGGUGAUGCAUUGGAUCACUGUAUCACGAUUGUCGAAGGCUACGACCAAAUGCGAAGGGCUGCCGAUAACAUGAUUGAUCUGAUUUUCAACACCAUCGGUGCAUACCAGAAUGAGAGCAUGAAGCAACUCACAUUGGUGACGUGUUUCUACCUCCCUCUGACUUUCUUGACGGGCUACUUUGGAAUGAACUUCGAUGACUUCUCUGGCAUUCAUCACAGCGACUCAUACUUCUGGAUGAUUGCCAUUCCGUUCGUUUUCGCGACCACCAUGUUUCUGAUGCGCGACAAACUCCAGCGUUACGUGGUGUUGCUCGCACAGAAGCGGCUCAUCACCAGCUCCAGAAAGAGGCGACAGAGGAAGCAGGCCACGGAAAAGACCUGACCCUUUGGCAUUAGAGAUGAAUCUCUCCAACUUACUGCUCCGAUACCCAUGAUACUACAACAAGUACUACAUUGCAAGCCCUUCCUUUGUAUAGAUGAACCCCACAUGUUGCAUAGCAUGACCCAACAUUAUCAAGCUCACAUGAUUACAUGUGGGGCAGUAAAUGGUGCAAGACAAAUAAUAAUAGUACA